UCAUUUAUUUAGCCAGACAGACAGAGAGAUUCAGGCAGCAUGGAUGGCAACUUUUAGUACCAUCACUGGCUCUGAAGGACCUGGCGGUUGAGGGGACUCAAUGACUAUAGUGUCAGAUCUUGUAUCCCAGGCUUAGAGGUAGAGAUGCCUUAGUUGUAGACGUACGUUCUUCGAUUCCAUAUAUAAAAUUAUACAUAAAUUGUCAGCUCUCCAGUCCAGCUAUGUAUUAAGGGAUCACGAUGAGCUUCACCCUGAUACACAUAAGAGAUAUUCAAGAUUGGUGAGUAAAACAUUGGCUAUACCUUCAGACAUGAACUAUCCAGGGGAAGAUGGGGCUACGCCAAGAAGCUUUGUAGAUGAAUGCUAUUUGUCAGCUCUCUGCCGUUCAGCGUUGAAGGGGAGCCAUGAUGCCCCCGUGAAUUCCGGUGAACUGAUUGAGUUCUGCACUCGACUCAGGAAAGUUGACCAGGAGCUACAGGAGAUGAGAGAUGUCUACCGAGGUUCAGGUCUCCCGUCUUGUGACCAUAUUGAGCUUAAGUUAAAUGGAUUACUCCAAUCGGUUGUAUUCCUGCUCUUCAAAUAUCCAGCGCUUAAAUCUCACCGAGUACAGGACGCAAUGACUAUCCUAAUCAAUAGAGUGCGAGAUGCUAAUGCACAGAUUGGACCUACAGAAGGGCGGAAAAGAUUUAGUGAAAUUUUUCGAGAUCUGGAUGCCCUGGAGAUUAGCCUUGGAAAUGAGACCGUGGACAUGUUCUUAAAUGACUCCAGUCUGGCAAACUCUGAGAUGCAACAUGAUGAAGAAGAACCACUGAUCAGUACUCCUUUGGAAAUAAAUCGUACAACAAAUGACCGGGAUGGGACUCCCUUAUCUACUGAAGCAGAUGAAAUUCUCAUAAGUAAUGAGGGAGGAGUAGAGUAUGCUCUGAACUACGCCAAACGCUGGUGUAAAUACGUGCGGGAAGUCCUGGCGUACAUUGAGAAGAAACUCAGCUAUGAGUCUGAAUUUGCUAAGAACACCAUCCGACUGUGUGAGUCUGCUAGGAGCAGCCUUAACCAACAGACAUGCAUGCCGCUACAAGAUGUCUACCUCCUUCUAUUGGACCAUGAAGCCCAUACUGGAAACUCAGCACUUGAAACUGUGGCCCUGUUACAGAUGAAGAAGUAUUGUCAACCAUUAUUAGCAAAGAAGACAGAGAUUGAGAAGUGGAGAAAAGAGUUUAGGGAGCAAUGGCUCAGAGAACAGAAAAGAAUGUUAGAUUCUCUGAGCUCAUUACGUAAGGCCCGUCAACAGUAUGUACAACGAUGUGAAGACCUUGAGAAGGCCAAGCAACUGAGUGCCAAGAUAGAAGAAGAGCAGAGCACAGGAACCUACCCUGGAAGUGCAAACAAACUUCUGGAGAAGCGUAGAAGGUCCCGUGAAGAUGCUCAGAUCAAGGCAUAUGAGGCUGAGGUCCUAUACAGAAGCUGCGUGACAGAGGCCAAUGCCCGCAGCGAGCAGCAGGAGAAGGUCCGGCAGAGAAUAAUAUCACACAUCAGGAAGCUCAUUAACCAGGGGGACCAGGUGAUGAAGGAGGUGACUCAGAACCUUAUGCGUAUGAAGCGUUCACAGUGUGAAUCUGUGCCCUCUGGAUAUGGCAAUCUGCUCAGCCUAUGUCAACCAUAUGAAGUUGGAGACCGAUAUCUUCAGUUUGUCUUGACGCUACCACGAAAGCCUAUAGAACCUGAAAAAUUCACUUUCCUUGAGCACACCCCUGCAAACCAAAGGUCAUCACCUAGUGGCAAACGGAAAAAUGCUGUGCAACUCGUCCGAGUGUCGUCUUCUUUGUCUGAUCUCAAUGUCAAAAUUGAUGAGACGGGAACAAGAAUAUUGCCAGGAGAACGAAGCUCCUGGGGUAACAAGAUUCUGCCCAGCGAUUCUGAGAGUGUAGGGGGCAGCAGCGAGUCCAGAUCUCUAGAAUCUCCCUUUGACAGUCCAGUUCACAUUGUGAAGAAAGUGGCCAAAGCCUCCUCCACGGGGACCAUGUCUUCAGAUGACCUUGAAGAGAGAGAUUCCUUCCAUUCCUUCCAUGGAGAGGAUGUAGACUCUACAGAUGCCUACUCCGAGAAUGGCUUGCAGCUACACAGCGCGGACAAGUGGGUCAAGUCACCAGCUGGCCAAACCCACCGACUUCGACGUACAAGAGUUCCAAGCAAAUGCAGAGAAUGUGAAAACUUCAUGGUCUCGGGAUUUGAGUGUGAGGAGUGCUACUUGACUUGCCAUAAGAAGUGUCUGGAGAGCUUGUUGAUCAAAUGUGGUCAUCGGAAACUACCACCCAAAAUACCUCUGUUUGGUGUUGAUUUUCAUGAAUUCCCAAGAUACUUUCCUGAGGAGGUACCCUUCAUCAUCACCAAAUGUACAUCUGAGAUUGAGUUACGGGCACUGGGGCAACAGGGCCUGUAUCGUAUCUGUGGGGCCAAAGCUCGGGUGGAGAAACUUCUGCAGGCAUUUGAGAAUGGCAAAGAUCUUGUGGAUCUAUCGGGACAUUCACCUCAUGACAUCACCAGUGCCCUCAAACACUUCCUGAAAGAGCUCCCGGACUCUGUGGUCUCCCAUCACUUGUAUGAGAAGUUUAUGGCCUUUUCUAGAGACUUCCCUGAAGAUAAGAAUGAGCCAGAAAUUCGACAAGAGGCUAUCCAGCAGAUGAAGGAUAUUCUUUGUCAGCUUCCAGCUAGUAACUACAACACAUUGCGCCACCUGACAGCUCACCUGUACCGAGUUUCAGAAAGGUUUGAAGACAACAAAAUGAAUCCUAAUAACUUGGGGAUUAUCUUCGGGCCCACACUGAUUCGCCCAGCGCCUGAUCAGGACAAACCUAUGACCUGCUUGUUGGAUUCUGGAAGCCAAGCACAAGCUGUAGAAUUCCUUAUUAAUAACUACGAAAAGAUAUUUGGGAUGGAUGAGAUACCUGCAGCAGGGCGUCGGGAAGUGACCGAAGACCCAUCUGAGGCCGAGAUGGAUGAGUCUAUUAUAUCUGAGAAUCCUGCAGAAAGUGAUCAUUACUGUGCUGAUAUAUCAGAUUUGGAUGGAAAAGAUGGUGAAAAGGUCUACCUGGGAGAAGAAGAAGACGAUGAAGCAAGCCUGUCUGAAAACUCAACAUGUUCCAGAGGUCAUUUCAGCCGUAUGCCAGUAAAAGCUUUGCGUGGUGAUCAGGCCAAGAGAUCAAAUAGUCAACCUAGAACUGAAGAGUGAAGAUGAGGGAGCUCAUCAUGUAGGACAUUAUACAGAAAAACCAUGAGUGGAGAAACAAAUAUUAUAUUGGAAGGAACCAUCUGGUGUCCUUCCAGACUUAUUUCUCUUGUUUACAAGUGAAAUUAUUGCACCAUAUAUCCUGUAUGGGAACUGCCAACGAUUAACUAAAUUCUGAGGAACAUAUUUCUGGUUGAACACCCACCUCAAAUAAUCUUUGAGAAGAGUUAAAAAAAAGUCUCAAGACUAGGAAGGUACAGUAUAAGAUAUAAUGGGGACAACAGUAGGUCUUCACAUCUUUUUCAUGUCUCUGGAAAAUUUGGAGCUUUCAGAUGAUCGUGUCUAAGGACCUUCAGUUACCUGAAUUUCUAGCAGUUACUGGGUCACAGGAUAUGGUUGGCCUGCAGAGAACUAUAUUUCGGUUUAAUGUGGGUUAUAUGUGGGUUUCCUUUCAAAAGAGCUCUAAAGAUGAGAAGGGUUUUAAAGAAUUCUAAAUUGCCAGGGUAACAAAGUAGAAGCAACUUUCCAGUAGAUGCUUGCCUUUUGAUCAUUUCUGAGGUCAUUUUUAUAAAAAAAAAAAGCAAAACAAAAAACCACAAGGUAAAUGUGCAAAAAAAGGUGAUAGACACAGAUACUGCCAAAGAUUGGAUCUCCCAGACUGGAUGUAAACAUCAUGACUGCUGAUCCGAUGGACAUUGAUAACAAUGAUUUGUUAGAUGUUUUCUCCCUGGAUUAUAGUGGCCAUGUAUGUGUCCCUCAGUAUCCUAUCUGGAAAGAUCACAAAGUUCUUUCUUUUACAAAUAUUAAUGUACAUUGCCGCACAUAUGGGUGCAUGGCUUGUUACAAGUUGUUAUUACUGUACUGUAAGAGGCCAGGGGCCUGUGCGAGCAUCUCAAGUGAGAUAUUAUCCACUGGUGGAAAGCAAUGAAGGUUCCUGCUGAAGACAACAAGCAGCAAUCAAAAACUACGAGGAACUGAUACAAUUUAUUGUUGAAAAUGGAAAACCAAAAUGGCGGCUCGGAUGCGGACCAAAACAACAGCUGUGUGCAUGAGGGCUUACAAAAAUUCUCAGUGUUGCCCAGAUCUAAUUCAGUAACUCGGUGGAUGGGAGAUCAACUACUCUCCCCUUAUAGUAUUAAAGCAGCUCUCAGUGGUCACCUUACAAAAAAUGUCAAGCCUGGAGGCUUAAAGAAGACAUGUCACCUCUCCUGGCAGGUCUGUUUUAGUAACUAAUUGUAUCCCCAUCUAUUAACAAUUCUGGAGCCUCUAUUCUUAUCACUUUAUGUUGUGCUGUUCCUUAAUUAUUGCUACUAGAUGUUUAUGAAUGAAUUACUAGCAGGUUGCAGUAAAGGUCCAGUUGGGUCUUACUAGUUGGGUGUGGGGGGGGGGGGGUAUCCCUGCACAGUCUGACAUUAUCCAAUCAGUGCUGCCUGAGUCAGACUGUGCAGAGACACACCCCAAACUGGUAACACCCAGAUGGUCCUUGACUGCAGAUUGGUCGCAAUUCACUCAUAUGGCACACCAUAGAGUCAUAAGAAUAGAUGCUCCAGGGUUGUUAUUACAUGGGGAAUGCAGGUAGUUACUAACACAGACAUGUCAGGAGAAGGGAGAGGUCCUCUUUAUGGAAAUCCAUCAUGUUGAAAAUGUAGUUCCAUCUGUGGGCAGCAUGUCAUAGAGCAUGAGCAACUGAGCUGAUAUACACGUGGGAAAUAUUAAUUUAAACCUGUGCUCAUUCAGGACUAAGGAGUCCAGUGGGUGGUCCUACUGAGUGCAGAGGAGGCUGUCAGUCACGCCCACUUGACUCCUAAGCCAUGAGAAUCCUAAGAAUGAACGGAGGCUCCAUCCUAAGAAUGAACGGAGGCUUUAAUGAAUUGAUUGCCAGUUCAUAAAAGUAUCUGAAAAUCAGCUCCGAACCUGGAGGGAUCCUGAAAAGGCAACUAUUUAAAGGGUUUCUACCACCAGAUUUUCACCUAUUUAGCUGCCUGACAUUAGAGAUCUGCUAGUGUCUGCUGUACCUAACCAUGUUCAUGUAUUACCUUUGUCUGGAGCGGUUAAGCUUAAAAACGUAGUUUUAUUGAUAUGCAAAUGAGCCUCUAGGUGCUGUGGGGGCAUCUUUUCAGCACCUAGAGGCUCCGCCUACUCACUAUUUCUGCCGCCCAGCGCGCUUCAGCCCGCCCCUCUCCUCUCGAUUGACAGCCUACUUCUCUCCACCUCGGCCGAAUUCUUGCGCUGAUUACGGCGCAGGGAGCGGUCCGACAGUCACUGCACCUGCGCCAAAUACAGGAGCACGCGGCGCAGGCGCGAGAAUUCGGCCGAGAUGGAGAGAAGUAGGCUGUCAAUCUAGAGGAGAGGGGCGG